AUGUGGUCAAAAUUUGAAAAUGGAAUGUUAGCAAACUUAUAUGUUUUUGCUCUAUUAAGAGAACAAGAACCAGCCGUCUGCGCCCAAUAGUGGGAAGGGCAAAGUGAUAUCGUCCCAAGGCUAUCUCCACCUCAUUAAAGAGAUUUCGAAAUUUAAGGGUCUUAAUUUUAUUUUUAAAAGGCGAAGCUUGAAGAAGCGAUUCGUCUCUAAAAACAAAAAGAGCAGUCUUAGAAAAACACAAGGUAUAGCUGUGGUAAUUCUAUUGGAAAGUCAAAUGAGAUAAUUCACACUCCCUUUGAUAAUUGCCAAAUAAUCAUUACUGCCACUGAUGAUCGUUUAAGUGAAAUCACCACCCAAUAAACUUGUGAUAAUUCCAGGAAUAUUUCUCAGUAAGUAUCUCAUUUGCCCUCUAGCAGCAGCAACGAGGUGACUGUCCUUCAUAAUCAGCCUUCGAGAACUUCUAUCAAACCUAAGGUGACUCCCUAAUCUUAUGGAAAAUAUAAGGAAAACUAUAAAAAUUACAUCAGUAUGCAACAUAAAUUAGGGAGUAGCGGUUCCUCAUCAGUAAACCUCUAGAAAAGAGACAGUGAUGUUUUUGAAACAAGCAAAAGGAUGUCUUACAACAAGAAUCAUCAAUACGGGAACACUCAUUAGCUCUUAGGGGAUAAGACUAAUAACAAUAAAGUAUCUGGUGAGAAAGUAACAUCGUCCACAACUAUGAUUAAAUGCAUAAAAUCUUCGAAUUAAAAAAGUUAAUCAAAAUUUGACACCAUCUCCAACAAUCCUAAUAAGAUUUACAAUGACACCUCAAAAAUAAUCAGUUCAUAUAAAAUCCAACAGUCUUUACCCUCUGAAGCUACAAUCAAGAAAAAUAUAAUAAGCAGAUAAAACAGCUCUUAAUACAUAAAGUAACAGUCAGUCUAAAAGUCUUAGCUAAAUAAAAGUAACUCAAAUCAGAAAAAGCCAGCAAUUUUAGUAUCAGAGAUACAUUCAGAAUCAAACACAUUGCAAGUUUUUAGCAGUGUUAACAACACCACAACAGCAAUUAAUAAUAAUAGUAGUGCAAAGAAGAGUGAUCCUAAAAUUCAAAAGGGAUAAACUCAGUCUGCCUAUUAGAGUGUCCAGCCAUAAUCGAACCAAAAUCAUUUAAUGAACCUACCUCCCCCAACUCAUCCUUAACAUUAAAAGCAGCAAAUAUAGUUGACUUAAGCUUAAAUCAAACAUAACUAAACGUUAACAAGCAUUUAUGGAGCUUAAAAGAGUGCACCAAAAACACCCGUUAAGACUCAAGAUAAUGCUUAAGUAUAGAUUACUGCUCCUAAUACAAAUGGAACAACAACACCUCAAUAAAAUAACAGACUGACAUUUAGCGCCAGUCAUCACUAGAACUGUGCUCAAAGUUUUGUGACUCUAGAAACCUAGCAGAUUGGUAAUGCCAAAAUAAGUUCUUAAAAUAAUAUGAGUCAUUAUAAAAAAGCUGUAACCACUAAGCCAACUGAUAAGCCUAAUUGUAGUAGACAAUGCAACAAUGUGUAGUAAAGCAAUAUUAUUGGAUCACAUAGCAAAACUAAUCUUCAUCAAGAAUAUCAAAAGAGAACUGUUCUACUUGAUAAAGAGAAAGAGCAUGUCUAAAAGCAGUACCAAACUCUUAAAAAAUAUGAGCGAGAUUCAAAAAGCAGGAAAAAUAACAGAAGUAACUAUAACUCUACUUAGAAAGAUAUAACAGUACAAGAUGUUGAGCAAUAGAAAAAUUAAAAACUUAAGCAAUAGAUUAGUGGUCUUUACAAUUUUAAUCUCAGCAGAUGCUAAAAUCUAAAUCACGCUUAAUCGAAUCUUACAACAGCUAAGAAAAGUAGAAAGACCCUUUAGUCAGCAAUGCAGUCUGACAAAAAAGGCAAACAGCUUGCAUCUAUUCCUAUCACUUAAGAUUCGAAUUUAUUGAAGGAGUAGUACUCAUAAAAGGAUAUCUGGGACAACAUUGUCAACAAUCAUGAAGAUAUGGCUCUAUAAAGUUUAACUCUUAAUGCAGCUAACUAAUCUGGCAGAAAUUUACUUAAGCAGUUUAAGACGAUUGAUACUAAUGGAAUCGAUGAUAUUGAGACCUCACCUUAAACAACUAGAAACUAAAAGUAGAACUUCUUCCUAAGACCACCCACUUGCUUCUUAAAGAAAAGCACGAUUGAACACAGUACCCCUGAUUCUAAGUUUAACAUCCUAGAUCCUAUCAAUGAGGACUCUAGAAAGAUGUAUACAGUCAAGCCCUAAUCAAGUAGAAAGUAAUAUCAGGUAGAGGAUUACUAUUAUGAUAAAGAUAUGAAAAAUGGCUUCAUUGAGCAUAAUUAGGAUACAAUCUCGAAUCGAACUAAUGCCUUAAGAGACUCUUAUAUGAGUCCAUCAAAACCUCCUAAUGGUUCUUCGCAUCAAAACAGCUUUUAAAUGAGUACUAUCAGUAAGAAUCAAAGAAAAAAUGCUCAAUUCUAGGCUAGAAAGUAUCAAGAAAAAUCAGCAUUUUUAGUGAAGAAAAGCACAAAAGAUCUCACGAUACCUUCAGAGUUUAAUUUUAACACUGAGAGAAGGGCUUAAGAAAGGUCUGUAAGCAAAAAUGGCAGGAAAUCAAGGGAUGAUUUAGAUUCGGCUUAGAGAAGAGAUAAGUACAAUAACAGAUAUUCAAACUAUGGAGGAAUUGAUGAAGAGGCAGAUUAGAAAGAGCAGAGUUCAUUGCUUGACAGACUUAUAAGAGAAUAUGACUUGGAAGAAGUAUUUAAACAGGCCAAGAGCUAACUUGAUAAAAAGAAUCAAUAGAACUAUGAGGACAUCUCGAGUACUUCAGGGUAAAUGGGCUUCUUUGCUUGCUUUUCACCCUGA